UUUUUACAUCAUGUGUCAAAAUUUGCGCUUUGGCAAGAGUGUGAACUGGCCUGGUGGCUUUCCUUGAGAAAUCAGCCUCGUACUGUGGUUUUACCGGAUGAGUUAGUUGACCCUGUGAUAGUACAGAUUCUGGAUAAUUAUCCUGUUACCUAUGUUCCACAAGAAAUCCUGCCUUCAAAUCCCCACCUACGUCUGAUACUGAUGAGUGGUAGUUUUGAUGCUACAAGAUUUUCUCAAUAUUUUGGUGCCUGCCCAAUUAUCUAUGUUCCAGGGCUCACGUAUCCGGUAAAAAAUUACUACUUGGAGGAUGUACUUUCUAUUGUAAAAUCAGGUGCAGAUAACCAUGGACUUAGUCAAGUAGAAAAGCUGUCUCUAGAUGAAGCAAUACAUUUGGCUUGGUCUAAUGAUGCCUGGUGCUCACUAUUAGAGCUUGUUUAUAGUAAAGCUAGGCCAAAGGUCUUUGAUUAUCAGCAUUCAUUAACUGGCCUCAAUCCAUUAAUGGUGUUUGCUGGAAAAGGUAAAGUGGGUGAUAUGUGCAUGCUCUUAUCAUUAGGGGCUAACUGCCAUUUAAAGGCCAAAGAUGGAACAACUGCUUUAGAGAUAGCUGAGAAAGAACACCAGCCAGUAGCUGUUGAAUUGCUGAAGAAGCACAUGAAUAAUGAUUUUUCUGUCAAAGAAGAGAAAAAUUUACUAGAUAAAUAUCUUACAACAGCCAACCUUAAAGAUGUUGAUGUUGUUCUGAUAGAACAACUUUUAAGAAAAAUAUGUGUUGAUUCAAAAGAUGGAAGCAUCAUUGUUUUCCUUCCAGGUUGGGAUGAGAUAGUUAGAACACGUGAAAGAUUGCUUUCAUCCUCAUUUUUCAAUAAAAGAUCAAAGUUUAAGGUGGUAUCUCUUCAUUCAAUGGUUCUAGCCUCUGAGAUGAAUGAGGCUUUUAUGCCCGCACCCCAUGGUUGUCGCAAAAUUGUUCUGUCUACCAAUAUUGCUGAAACUGCUGUCCCUCUGGAUGAUUUAGUGUAUGUUAUCGACACUGGGCUUAUCAAAGAAAAAAGUUAUGAUCCUUGCAAAAAUUUAUUUACUCUCCAAUCAUCUUGGAUUUCAAAAGCUAGUGCUAAGAAAAGAGAGGGAUGUGCCAGUCGCUGUCAUCCUGGAGCUUGUUAUCAUCUAUAUUCAAAAGUUCAAGCAGAUUCUUUGUUAGAUUUUCAGGUUCCUGAAAUUAAGAGAAUGCCUAUUGAGGAGCUGUGUUUGCAGGUUAAGUUGUUUGAUCCAACCUGUAAAAUAGAAGAAUUUUUGAGUCAGACAUUAGAUCCUCCUGGUUUUGAGUCUAUUCGAAGUGCUGCUAGAGUUCUUCAGGAGAUUGGGGCAUUGUCAGUUGAUGAACACCUGACAGAGCUAGGGCAGAAGUUUGGCUAUCUUCCUGUUCAUCCAUAUACGAGCAGGAUGCUUAUUUUUUCCAUAUUAAUGAAUUGCCUUGAUCCAGCUUUAACACUUGCAUGUGCAUCUAAGUGUAAAGAUCUAUUUGUGCUUCCUAUUUUACCUGAUGAAAAGAAGAGAGCUGCAGCUGCUAGAUCUGAGCUUGCUUCGUUGUAUGGGGGUUGUGGUGAUCAGUUUUCUAUAAUAGCAGCAUAUCAAUGCUGGGUUAAUUCAAAGAAAAUGGGUCUAGAAUCACGGUUUUGUUCUCAGUACUUUGUUUCUCAAAGUGCAAUGAGCAAGUUAGAUGUCAUGCGGAAGAAUUUAGCUGUGGAACUAUAUAGGAAUGGGCUUAUUAAUAGGAGUAGUAGAAAUUAUUGCUCUAAUGCCUAUGAUCCUGGUAUACUUCAAGCUGUUUUGGUAGCAGGGAUGUACCCGAUGGUUGGGAAAUUGUUCUUUCCUUACGGAAGUGGAAAGAAGAUUCUUGUUAACACUAAAAGUAUCGAUAGUGUUUGCUUGAAUAGUCAUACUUUGAAUUAUAAGUUGUCUUCACAGAAAAUUCUUGAUUGCUCUUUUGUUGUAUAUGAUGAGAUUACUAGCGUCGACCGGGGCUUGUGCAUAGGGGACAGUACCAUUGUUGGACUAUUUCCAUUAUUUUUGCUUUCCAAAGAGAUUGAUGUUGAUCAUGCAAAGGAUUGUACUGAUAAUAUAAUCACAGUAAUCAUAGAUGGAUGGCUUUAUUUUGAGUCAACAGCAUUCUAUGCUUUUCACAUGAACUACUUGAGAGAGCUAUUAACAGCAGCAAUUAUAUACAAAGUGACAUAUUCAACGGAUGUUCUUUCUCCUGUUCUACAAGCCGCAGUGGAUUCCCUAGCUUGCAUUCUUUCUUGUCAUGGGCGUUCUUGCAUAUCACUCAUCUCAGAUUGUGCUAUGAAACAGACUACAACAAAUGCUACUAAUACAAAAAAAUUCCAAACACAGCUUAUAAAUCAAGAUGCACACCAGACCAGUCCAUCUCAAGUUAAGGCAUCUGAACCUGAGGCCAUUGAAAAUUCAAUUAACCAGACAAGUAAAAAUGCUCGAAUAGGUUUGGCUUGUUCGAAUCCAACAAAGAAAACCUUCUUGACUCUUGAAGGAUUCUGUACAGGGCUUAUAAAUCACAAUGAUGUGCCUUCUAGAGCUAGCAAAUCCACAGGUGCAGAAAAGCCUAGGGAUCCCACAAGAAGGAACACUGAAACAGGUUCAGCUCGUUCAAUCCAGACAGCACAUUUAAAUGAUGACGUAACCAUGACUGAUGUGAGAGCUUCUAGACAACCAUAUCAACCAAAAAAGUAUUAUUACUGGCAUGGGGCUUGCUAUGAAAAGAUCUGGGUUGGGUGGUCCUUUCCUGAGGUGGGAUGGAUUAAAGCUAAUGUAGAUGGGUCUUAUAAGCUUGAAGAACAUCUUACUAGCUGUGGUGGAGUUUUCCGUGAUCACACAGGUUCUUGGUGUUUUGGCUUCACGUUAAAUCUUGGAACAUUCUGUUUCGGAUCAUCAGAUCCAACGUCUAAUGACUUUAGUGUGCAAUCUGAACUGUGGGGUGUCCUGACUGCCCUGAAGCUUGCUAAGGAGAAAAAGAUUUCGCAGCUGUGGAUUGAGUCUGAUAGUGUUGAUGCAGUGGACUGUGUUCUGAAUAAACGGGCGGAAAAACAUGAUCUUUAUACUCCUCUUGUUCAAUCGAUACUUGAGUUGAUUGAGGGAAAUUGGAAGGUUCGAAUCUCUCAUAGUUAUCGUGAAGGAAACCAAGUGGCUGACUGGUUGUCAAAAUAUGGGCAUAGUAAGGAGAUAGGUCUCCGAGUGUACGAUGCCCCUCCCAAAGGGGUAAAAAAACUAUUAAUUCGGGACUAUUCUGGAUUCUCUAAACAACGAUAUGUACGUCUCACUGCAAGAUGACCUAAAUUACGGGUAUUACUUUCAAUUUAAAUUACUAUUCAC